AUGAGUUCUGGCUAUUCGAGGCAAUAUGCAGACUUCAUAGGAGCAUUUGAAAAACUCUUUAGCAUACAAUCUAGCGAGUCUGUUGAAGAAAUAUGCAAUAUUAUUUCAAAUGUUUUGAUAUCGAAGUAUAAACUUUCCGUAAAGAAACUUACAAAGAUCACUCUCAUGGCACUUCAAUACAACUAUGCAUCUGCAGAGAAUUACGCCAAAAUAUUCAAGCAUAUUGGAUCUAACUUUAAAAGAAUAUCUGAAUUGAUAUUUCCAUCGGAGAAUUCAAUCGAAUAUAUUGUUAUGCAUGAUCAAAUUGAAAAGUUCAAAGAAUAUAUUUCUCAAAAGAGAAUCGAUAAUGAUUGCGUUUUUCUUGAAAUUCCUGAUUUAGUGAAAUAUGAAAAAAUCAAAAAUUAUGAAUAUAGACCUUUCGUCAAGCUAUCAUUAAUUGAAGCAUGUGCUUAUUUUGGUUCUGUUAACAUUUUCUUUUUCUUGAUUUCAAAUCAAGGCUGUAAAAGAACAAACAAUUGCCUUCGAUACUCAAUAAUAGGAAGAAAUGCUGAUAUUAUCAAUGAAUGUUUGAAAAACAACAAAAUGGACAUUUAUACACUCAGAGACAUUGUAAUAACACAUAAUAAUGAAAUGUUGAAAUAUGUUUUAGAAAGGAAAAUAUUCACAUAUAAAGAUUUCGAAGUUAACGAAUCAAUUUUUUAUCCCUUCUUCAAUAAGGAUUCGUGUAGAGCUAUUUAUGAAGAUAUUAUUACAUAUCAAAACCUUAAUGCUGUAUUCUUGCUUUUCGAGAGAGAAAACAAAAUUAUUGCUCCAUUGUUUGCUGCAUUUCCACAAACACUAGAUAUUCUCAGAAACAAUAUAUUUCCUGAUAAAGCUGAUUUUCGUGGAAGGCAUAUUAUACAUUUUGCAUGCAAAUCACGAAAUUCAGAUAUCUGCAAAUUUUUACUUGACCAAUGGAGCAUGAUUCAUGUCAAUGAUACUGAUGACAACAAUGAAGAAUCUAUUGAAGAAUAUUCUGAUGACAAUACCAUUGUCAACAUUGUAGAUGUUAUCGAUGAGAAACAUUUAACUCCACUUCAUUAUGCUGCAAAGAGAAAUUCCAAAGAAAUAGCAGAACUUCUUAUUUCUCAUGGUGCAAACAUUAAUGCAAAAGAUAGAAAGGAAAAAACACCUCUUCAUUAUGCAGCAAAAUAUAAUAGUAAAGAAAUAGCAGAACUCCUUAUUUCUCAUGGAGCUAGUAUCAAUGCAAAAGAUAGAAUUAAUAGAACUCCUCUACAUUUUGCAGCAGGGAAUAACUCUAUUGAAAUUGUCAAACUUCUAAUUUAUAAUCAUGCAGCUCGUGAAGUAGAAGAUGAAAAGAAAAAAAACCCUUCAUUAUGCAGCAAAAAAUAA